AUGGCUGGGACAGAUGAGAGAAACCAAACCAAUGUGCAGGAGUUCAUCCUCAAGGGCUUUCCCGGCACUUGGUCUUUCCAGAUGUUCCUUAUUGUGGUGUUUGCGGUGAUGUACAUCCUAACCAUUGUAGGGAAUGUGUCCAUCAUCGCCCUAGUAUGGACCCACCAACGCUUGCACACACCCAUGUAUUUCUUCCUGUGCAAUCUCUCCUUCCUGGAGAUCUGGUACACCACCGCUUGUGUCCCCAAGGCCAUUGGCAUCAUGCUGGGCACAAGCCAAACUGUCUCAUUUACUGCCUGCCUCCUGCAACUCUUUUUUCUCCUCUCCAUGGGCUCUACAGAAUGUUUCCUCCUGGCCACCAUGGCCUAUGACCGCUAUCUGGCCAUAUGCCACCCAUUGCGUUACAGCACCCUCAUGAACAGCACCUUCUCUGCUCAGCUGGCUUUCCUCUCUUGGUUGUGUGGGUUUGUGGCUAUCUCUGUGCUGGCAGCUCUAAUAUCUACCUUGUCUUUCUGUGGCCCGACAGUCAUCAAUCAUUUCCUAUGUGAUAUAGAUUCUUGGAUCGUGCUUUCCUGCACCAACACACGCCUCGUUGAGGUGGCCACAUUCAUUGUCUCAAUCAUUGUUGUUGUGGUUUCAUGUGCGAUAACUGUGGUCUCCUACAUUUACAUCAUCUCCACCAUCUUGAGAAUCCCGUCGGCCCAAGGUCGGAAAAAGGCCUUUUCCACUUGCUCGGCCCACCUCACCGUCGUGUCAAUCUGGUACGGCUCCACCAUUUUUCUUUAUGUCAAGCCUACAGCACAGAACUCAUUGGACUUGAACAAAACAAUCAAUGUCUUUAACACGAUUGUAACUCCACUAUUAAACCCUUUCAUUUACACACUAAGAAACAAAGAGGUAAAGGAAGCCUUGGGAAAGACAGUAAGGAGGAUGUUACAUGGUUUUGAAACACCAUGA